AAUAGGUUACUUUACUUCUGCUUAAUGACAAAUUCUGCCACUUGUUGCACAAACAAAUUUCUUUUAUAGAUUCAAUAAAGUUUUCUUUACAUUGAGAAUGUUGCAAUGCUUUUUUAUGCAUGUUUGUUAUGUACAGUUCUAAUGUCUAAUGCUGAGUUACCAAUCGUAGUCAACACAUGGCCAUGGCCCCAAGCCACAGAUGCAGCUUGGUCCUCCUUGAUUUCUUCCUCAUCAGUGUUGGAUGCAGUUGAACAAGGAUGUACGAGAUGUGAGGUGGAUCAGUGUGAUGGUAGUGUAGGAUAUGGGGGUUCACCCGAUGAAAUGGGUGAAACUACAUUGGAUGCUAUGAUAAUGGAUGGUGGCAACAUGAAUGUUGGGGCAGUUGGUUGUUUGAGAGAAGUUAAAAAUGCGAUAGGAGUUGCAAGAAGGGUAUUGGAAAACACAGAACAUACUUUAUUGGUGGGACAACUUGCUACAGAGUUUGCAAAGGAAAUGGGAUUCAAGCAAGAAUCAUUAACUACUAAUCACUCACAGCAGAUGUAUGAUGAUUGGAAAGCCAAGAAUUGUCAACCAAACUACAGAUCCAACGUCACACCUGACCCCACCACAUCAUGUGGGCCAUACAAACCAACCAAUCAACUUAACACCGAGAAAACUAAACCUCGUGUUGAGCUUGGUAUAGAUCAGUCCAACCAUGACACUAUAGGAAUGUUAGCAAUUGAUAUGAAUGGACAUAUAGCUGCUGGGACUUCUACUAAUGGGAUGACACAUAAGGUUCCUGGGCGAGUUGGGGAUUCCCCCUUGCCCGGGUCAGGUUGCUAUGCCGAUGAUUUAGUAGGUGGGGCUGUUGCUACGGGUGAUGGUGAUGUCAUGAUGAGGUUUCUACCCGCUUACCAGGCUGUGGAAUCCAUGCGUCAAGGUGCUUCUCCCACACAAGCAACAGAAGAUGCUUUGAACAGAAUACUGAAACAUUUUCCUUCAUUCAGUGGCGCACUUGUUGCUGUAACAAAAGAUGGACUUGUUGGCGCGGCUUGCACAGGAUUCUCAUCAUUUCAUUAUUGUGUGCGAACAAAAUCUAAUCCAAUGACCUCAGUUAUUUCAGUGAACUUGACGCAUUUGAACGCUCUUGUCAUGUUUCGGCUGGCUUCUGUGGAUUAUUUUCAGAAGUUAAAUGUAACUUGCUUUAUCAUUAUGUGA